CUAUGAAUCAGAUGUGAUUCUUAGUGUACUUGCGAUAGCGACGAUCUCCAAGGUCAUGUUGCAUCCAAGCAGUAUUGUUUACGUUGGUACCAGUGUAACGUUCAUAACGUUUUUACCGAUCAUUUUAUAUGUAUUACAAUAAAGUGGAUAGGUGAAUUCGUUGAGUGAAUAUUACUCCUCCAGGUGAAUUUAAACUUACGUUCAUCCUGUUAAAUGUCCGGACUAAAUAACUUCUAAAGAGUUGUACUGUAUAUUUAGUGCACGUCUAGCAGUUACUUACUGUGGGAAAACAAUCGGAAUAUCAAAAUGUCGGGGGAGAAACAGUCAGACGACGUAGAGUCAACGAAAUGGACUGGGAAAGUUCUGGGGUCAGCAAAAAGUGGAAUAUCGAUGCAAACAAGAUUCCAAAGAAUGCCUGAUAGCCUUCUGCCACCAACCAGGGAUUCAGUGUGUGGUAUUCUUGACAUGAAUCUAGGAAAAGUAAAAGCAGGACAACCUGCAGGAGCUCCUAUAAUACGCUUCGACAAGGGGAUGAGAACUGGCGAACCUCACAUUAACAUCGACCCAAAAGGCUUUUCUCAUAAAUCAAAUCCUCACAUCAAAGUCUCCAAAAGUACAAUUGGCAUUGCCAAAACUGUUAACACGAGUUUGAAGUAUGCAGGUGCGGCACUAACUGUGGCUGCUGUUGCAGUCGACGCGUGGCGUUUCGGUAAAGCAAUUGCAAAUGAUAUCGAGAUAACGAAAAAUGCGCCCAAGAUAAUUGCAGAAUUAAUGGAUAGCAUCGCAAAGUUGAAAAAAGUGCUCAAAGUGGAAGAAGACCCGAAUAAGAGAGAAGAAAUUCAGAAGGCUAUAGAAUAUUUAGAGGCGGUUUUGAAAGAUGUGCGGCGAACACAGAAAGGUGUCCCAGCCAAAACAAUUAAAGAAGGUUCGUCAAUUGUCGGCGGAUGGACUGCUGGUGCGGCGGGUGGUGCUGCUGGUGCAUGGGCUGGCGCGGGCACUGGGGCUGCAAUUGGUUCUCUCUUUGGUCCAGUUGGUACAGUAGUAGGUGCGCCCGUCGGUGCUAUAGUAGGUGCAAUUGGACUUGGAAUCGGUGCCGGAGUGGCAGGUAGUACAGCUGGGGAAUACGUAGCUGAUAAAAGUAUGGAACUUUUAGUUGAUUAAUUCUAAUACAUUUUCUUCCGUAUCUUUUGUAUUUUGUACCUGUUGUGUAAACAUGAACAAAUAAAAUAUCAUCA